GCACCGCGCGGGGUAACUGGGAGAGACUGGGCGGGGAACUGGAAGGUCGCCGAUGGCCGAGCCCCGCCCGGGCCCUCCCAGUGCUCCCAGUGCCUCCCAAUACUCCCAGUUCUCCCCUCCCAGUGCUCCCAGUGCCUCCCAAUACUCCCAGUUCUCCCCUCCCAGUGCUCCCAGUGCCCCCCAAUGCUCCCAGUUGCCCCCUCCCAGUCUGGAGGGCCUCAUUCCCCCCUCCCACUUUGUGCUGCGCCCCAGGUCCCUGGGGGCGGAGCUUGAGGCAGAAAGGGGGCGUGUCCAUGAGUUGGAGGUGGAGCUGAAAGCACUGAAGGGGCGGAGCCAUCAGCUGGAGGCGGAGCUUGAGGCAGAAAAGGGGCGGAGCCAUUGGCUGGAGGUGGAACUUAAGACAGAAAGGGGGCGGAGCCAAGCGCUGAGGGUGGAACUCGAUGCCCUGAGGGGGCGUGGCCAGCGAUUGGAGGCAGAGCUGGCUGCAGAAAAGGGGCGGAGCCAAAUCCUGGAGAUGGAGCUGGAGACCUUCAGGGGGCGGGGCCUGGGCCCAGAGGGGGCGGAGCCAAGCCCAGAGCAGGUGCUGCUGGGCCGCUGGCGCCAGAAGGUUUUCCAGCUGCUGCUGCAGGUGAGCCUGCAACGGGGCCAGGAGCUGCGGCUGCAGGGACAGGUGCGCUCCCUGGGUGCUGCAGUGGCCUCCGGGUCCCGCCAGGUGUCGCUGUUGGAGCUGCGGCUGCGCCAGGGGGAGCAGGAGAGACAGGCCCUGUCCCAGGAGCGGCUCCGGGCGGAGGCGGCCGAGGAGGAACUGGGGAAACUGGGCCAGGCCCUGAGCCGGCUGUUGGGGACACUGGGCGUGGCCCUGGCCGAUGUCACUGUGGCCGUCGGGGCCCUGGGGACCCUCAGUGAGCGCCUGGGACGGGCCCAGCACCGACUGCAGGCGCUGGUGGCCUCAGGGCGGCUCCGGUGGCGGCGGAAACCGGAGGGGACAGCAGGGGACAGCAGCACGGUGGCCCCGGAGGUGACAUCGGAGAAGGUGAGGGGGUGGCACCGAGGGGACACCAGGGGUGGCUCUGUCCCCAGGGUGUCACCCCCAUGUCCCCACCAGGCCACCAAGGGUGGGGACAGGACCCAGCCAUGCCCAGGCACAGUGUCCCUGGCCCCGUUGGUGACGCAGCUCCAGGCCCUUGGUGCCGCCAUCCUCGGGGACACUGGGGACCCAGCAGUGCCAGCGCCCCCAUGGGGACACCGGUGACGUCAUCGGGGACACAGGUGACAUCAUCAGGGAGUGAUGUCACUGCCAGGACAGAGAUGACAUCACUGCGGAGGUGAUGAUGUCACUAUGGUGAUGUUGAUGAUGUCACUAUGAUGGUGAUGACAUCAUGGCUCUGCCCCAGCCCUGGCUUGGUGUCACUUUGUCCCCACCCAGCCCCUGAUGUCCCCAAAGCUGCCACAACCAUCCCAGAGGGUCCCCAGAGAAUCCCUGAUGUCCCCAGGGAGCUUCUUUGGUGUCCCCAACCCCCCCCAAAUGGCCUCCUGGUGUCCCCACAUGUCCCAGGAAUGUCCCCAGUUUACCCAAGGUGUCCCCAACCCCUCCCAGUGUCCCCAACCCUGCCCAAAGUGUCCCCAAAGAUGGACAUGGUAACAGAAGUUCCCUUGGUUACAGAAGUCCUGCCCAUCCUGUGCUGCCAUUGGCUGCUGUGCUCAGGACUGAGAGCGCUGAUUGGCUGGGUUUGAAGGGGGCGGGGCUAAACACAGAACGGGGCCUGAACCAGUACAGACUCAACUGGGAACUGGGAUAAACUGGGAACUGGGCCCAAACCAGUACAGACUGAACUAGGAGUGAUCCCAAACCAGUACAGGGGCUAAACUGGGAACUGGGAUGAGCUGGGACCAGUGCCUGAACUGGGACCAGAACCCCAGACUGGUCCGGGAGCCACAGUGAUCACUCACAGACCCAGCACUGCUUCUGGUUUGUACUGGUUCAUACUGGUCCAUAUUCCUCCAUAGUGAUUUAUGCUGGUUUGUACUGGUUUGUACUGUUUCAUACUGGUCCAUACCAGUCACUGGCCAUACUCCAGCCCCGCUGUGUGUCUCCUGUGCUCUCCCAGUGGUGUCUGAGCUGCAAGCGCGGGGGACAGUGGCCACAGGAGAAUGGCUGCAGCCUGAGGGUCAGCAG